UUGUUUUGGUGUAGUUGUAGUUGGUAAUUUCUUUCCGUGAAUCACACCAUAUGAAGAAUAAAUUACUAUUAAUUGUGUUUUUACUAAAUUUCGAAUAAAAUUUGUUAUUUCAAUAUACGUAGCAUUAUAAAAAUGGUUCGUGUUAUAUCUCAAGAGACCUAUGAUGAAGUGGUUCAAGAGAAUAUACAAGAAUUUGACAUGAGCCCGGAGGAAGCUAUCCAAGAUGCUAUGAACCAGUUUAAAGCUCAGGGCGUUGAUUUGUCAAAUAUAAUAAAAGACUUAGUUUUAACAUCCGGCGAUGAUCAUGAGAUCUCCAAAUCAAUUAAAAAACUGCAAAAACUCAAAGAUGAUGGUGACGACAGAAAAAUAUUAAAAGAAUUAGAAAUUUUAAAGGCAGAGUGCAACAAAGAUAUAGCUCGUAGGGUUAAAGCAGGCAAAGAAGGUGCCUAUACUUUAUUGCUAGAAUUACUGCAAGCUAGACAUAAGAUGACCCUGGUAACAGCAAAUGAAAAAGAUGCAACAUUUAUUCUAAACAUCUUGAAUACUUUAAUAGCCUUAAUGGAUGUGCAGCCUGAUUUGUUAGAUCAGAAAGGUGCUGAUGUUAUUAAAAGCAUUCUGGAUAAUACAGAAGAUGACAACCUAUUGAUAGCCACAUUGAAAUGGAUAAACACAUGUUGUAUAAAGCAUGAAAUGAACCGUCAAAGGCUGUUUGCAAAAAAUAUUGCAAGCAACUUGAAGUCUUUGCUGCAAGUUGAGAAUAAUGUUAAGUUACUAUCGGAGGUGUUAUCAGUAAUCCGAAAAUUCCCCCUGGACGAUGAUAUUAGAGUGGAAUUUGGUAAAGCACAUGACCAUGCCAGGGAACUUGGUUUCCAGCUGCUAGAGCCAUUAACUAACUUAUUAAAAGAACACACGAAACCGCCCUUAGUAUCAGAACUAAUGUCGACAAUAGCGUGUCUCCUAGUCCGCCACGAGCUGUGUGCUACGGUAGCAGAGGGUGGAGCAGAUGUAUUGUUCUCAGUGCUAGCUGACAACUCGGAGAAUGCAGCAGUCGUGCAGCAAGCGAGCAAGCUGAUAACAGCUUUAGCCGGUAACGACGACGUGAAGAGGCAGUUGGUCAAAAGUGGAAUAGUGCCUAUCAUAGUGCUGCUACUCACUAGACAUUCGAGCAAUGCGUCAACAACAGCAUCAACCCUAAAAUGCAUCGCGGCACUAACCCUGCGCGAGCCGCCGCACAGCCGCAUGUUCUACGACUGCGGGGCGCCUGAGGCAAUCGUCGACUGCCUCAAGAGGCACCCAGAGAACGAAGCAGUACAGAAAAACGGGUGCUGGGCGAUCCGCAACAUGGUAGCUCGGUGUCGCGACAUGAACCCCAAGUUCAAGGAGUUGGGCGUGGAACCUAUCCUGUAUGCCGCUUACGAGAGGUUCCUCAAGGACUUCGGUUUCGACGUCAAGUCGGCGCUGAGAGAUCUCGAGUGCGAUGUCAAGUUUGACGAGCAAUGGACUGGCAAGGGCGUAGAGUUGCAGCAGUGAAGUCUUACACAUUUAUAUAAUGGGAACCAACCUAAAUUGGGUACUGUGAAAAAUGAAAAUAUUUGUUUAGAAAAAUGUCAACAUAAAUUUUCCCAGUCAUAGGACUGGGAAAGUAUUCACAAAUUUUUGUUAUUGCAAUCUUUGCUUUUAACUAAAUACAGUAAAUGUUAGUAGAAUAACCUUUACAUUGGUAAUAUUAAUAUAAAGAGUAAGCACGAAGUUAGGCAAUAAAAGACUGCUCGAAGAUUAAUUUAUGCUUUAUAACUGCACGGCUACACUGUGUAACAAUACAAAUAUCCCAUUAAAAACAUAUAUGUGAAAUGAGAACUAAGUUCAAUAUUAAUUAUUAAUGCGUCGUUGUUGUCUUUGCCUACAAAUACGGAUGCCAAGUUCUGUCUCGAAAAUCCUGAAAUUUUAGUUACAAGAACAUGCAAAAUUCUAAAAUGAAUUGAUUGUUUCUUGAUACUACCACAAUGUUUGCUACUUAAUAGGAAUAAAUAUGUAUAUAUUUUCUCCAAUACGCUUGGAAAUGUUCACCAUAUUGUAGCAAAAAUUGUACAGGAAGUUCUUCAUUAUGGUCAAACUCAAAUUAAGAAAAUUCAAACCAUUGUUGUCAUGUUUUAGCGGACGGGAAGUUAUUACUGUAUUGUUAUUUUCCUUUUAAAAAACAUGUGUUCACUAAGAAAAACGCAAACCGCCAAUUAAUAUAGCCGUGAGCCGCAUCUACACGACCCGGUCAGCAUCAUUUUAAGCUAUAGGAUAGAGUGAGAUGGUAAGAUAAACGACCUUACAAGUCUCGUUCUUACAAGACUAUCGUGUAUGAUCGUGCGAAUACUGCUUAAUAAAAUGAAACACUAUAUAUUUUUUAUAUUUUUUAAGGAUCUCACGUGUGGCUUGUAUUGCAAAAAUAUAUUGAAUGAAAUGGUACUGAAUGGCAGAAUAAGUUGAUUAAAGAUGUGCCUUUAACUUUUUUUUAAUAACUAAAGAGAGAGGAAAUUGUUUUUGACGUUUUUGAUGUAAACGUUCGAUUUGAUUUGUGCGAUUUGUGAACUUGGCUCUCAUUUCCCAUUUAUGUUUUUGAUGGGGUAUCAUUACUUUUUGUGCAGAAAUUAUUACGUUAGUGUUAAUCAUUGACACAUUUUUUUUUACUCUAUUUUCUACGGUUACAUAUAGUUUUCUUUUUUGAAUUAUUUUCAUGUACCUUCGAAAUAUAAGAAUGAAUUUGCCCAUUCAUUCUGCUAUUAUUAUUCGGCCAAGUCGGAGCGAUAUAACGUGCGUAGGCGGUUGUAUUCUACUAUAUAGAUUUCUUGUGCCUUAAUUUGAUUUGGAUUUAGAUCGAUAAGAUGUACUCCAUCUAAGGUUUGAACUCUAAGAGAGUGCAGCAUAAACCUGCCCUUUGCAAAAUAUUGAGAAGCCUAUAUCAAGAAGAGCGCUGUCAAGACUAAGGUCUUGUGAUUUGUAAAAGCAUAGGUAUGCUAAGCAAACAGGGAAAACAUAUGCAAAGUAAUAUCUCCUUACUGAUUAUUGUCAUGAAUAAAUCACUCACUUCUUUUUCACUUCGACUUCACUGUAACUUUACCUUAACAUCACUUUAAGUUCGUUACUAUGGAUAUAUAAUUCAUCUGUAUUUUCAUUCUUUGUUAUGACUCUUAUCUAAUAAUUAUCAAUACAUGAUAAUUGAUUGAUUGAUAAUAAUUGAUUGAUUGAUGAUAAUUGAUUUUAUGUAUGAUGAAAUAAAAUGAAAAUGAAAUGAUUUUUUUUCCAUCGUAUUAUCAAUAAUUUUCAGUUUCCGCAAUUUUUCAUCUUUAGGUAUACACACCUCUUCCUCCUCCCGUUGCACGGUGGGCUGACCUUAGGCCAGAACUCAAAAAAACGCAUGUGGUAUUUUUUGGUUUCCAAUGCCUGAAUAUUAAUAGCUAAUAAGUGUACUUUUAUCAGGUAUAAAUAGAUCCCGCAUAAAUAAUUACUUUCAUUCUCUAACAAUUCCGAGAAUUUUGCCACGGCUCAUGGGAGCCUGGCGUCCGCUUGACAACUAAUUUUUACGAAAGCGACUGCCAUCUGACCUUCCUACCCAUAGGGUAAACUAGGCCUUAUUGGGAUUAGUUCGGUUUCCUCACGAUGUUUUCCUUCGCUGAAAAGCGACUGGUAAAUAUCAAACGAUAUUUCGUACAUAAAUAAUAAUAAUAAUUUAUUAUUAUUGGUCGUUGGGUAUUGAGGACGAGGGUAUUAUACAGUCGGUGAAGGAGCGCUUUUUCAGUCGGCUUACAAAAGUCCUUAACAGUCUUUUGUCAGGAGGCAACAAAGUGCGCGCCUUCAACACCUGGGUAAUGCCCCUACUCACAUACUCCUUUGGCAUACUAAGGUGGACUCAGACCGAGCUGGACGCCUGGAUCGGAGGGUCCGACUACUGCUCACUACACACCGUAUGCUACACCCACGUUCGUCAGUUAUGAGAUUGUUCAUCCCACGGAAGUGUGGAAGUCGAGGCUUCCUAAACGCCAAAGAUCUCCACAACCGCAAGAUGUGCUAUCUCAGGAAUUAUUUCCUUAAGAACGAGUGUGGGAUGCAUCGUGAUGUGGUGGCAGUAGACAGGAACCACACGCCGCUCUCCUUGGCAAACGAGAACUGGCGCAGACCUGUGGUACUAAGUGCAUGCGGACCGCAAGGCGGCGUUGGGAGAGUAAGGUGCUACACGGGCGGUUAUACAAGGCCCACACCGGACUUGACGUAGACCUGCUCGCGUCGGUGAACUGGUUACGAUUCGGGGACCUCUUCGGAGAAACCGAGGGUUUUGCCUGUGCAAUUGCGGACGAAGUUAUAAUGACGAACAACUAUCGGAAAUAUAUCCUGAAGGACGGUACAAUCGACAUUUGUCGGGCAUGCCGCCGUCCCGGAGAGUCACUCAGGCAUAUCAUUUCCGGUUGUUCUCAUCUUGCUAACGGCGAGUACUUGCACAGACAUAAUCUCGUAGCCAGUAUUAUUCACCAGCAACUUGCUCUUCUAUACGGCCUUGUGGACCGCGAAGUACCGUACUACAAGUACUCACCUGCACCAGUUCUCGAAUAUGGUCGUGCCACGCUCUAUUGGGAUCGAUUGGGGCCGCACGGUGGGUUGAAAAUCGGCCUUCAUACACAGAUAAAAAAGAUAUCUUAAUUCAAAACGCAGAACUCUCUUGCGCACGGUUGCUUAAAUUAAUAAUAAAUUGCUUGGUCCAAUAAAUAUGUCUUGAGUUAAAAACAACAUAUUUUUUUAAAGGAGAAUAAAAAAUAUUUAAUAAUAUCUUUACCCAUUUUUAAAGCGAAUGGUAGUGAUUUAAGAUAUUAAUUAUUCGCCGCAAGAAAAAAAAACGUCUUAGCAAGAGAUAUAGCACGCUCUUAAAAAACGGUUUUAUCUUGAGUAACUCUUCCUCAAACCAAAAAUAUUACCAAAUUCCAAGGAAGAAGCACCAAAAUUUUCCUUUGAGACUUUUAAGUUUUUAGGCAAGAGCGAUAAAUUCUUGGUUUGAUGUUUUCAACCUACAGUCAAGAGCCAAAGCUAUUUCAAAUAAGAAGCACCAAAAUGUUGCUUUGAGACUUAAGUUUUUACGCAAGAGCGAUUAAUUCUUGGUUUGAUGUUGUCAAUAUACAGUCAAGAGCCAAAGCUAUUUGAAAGAAAAAGCACCAAAACUUUGGUUUGAGACUUUUACAUAAAAUAGUAUCAAUAAAUUUGAUGAAGAGGACAAAAGCGCGGUAAGAGCGUAUGACUUGCAAUCCGGAGGUCGCGGGUUCAAACCCCAACUCAUACCAAUGAGUUUUUCGGAACUUAUUUACGAACAUUUGAUAUUCACCAGUCGCUUUUCGGUGAAGGAAAACAUCGUGAGGUAACCGGGCUAAUCCCAAUUAAGGCCUCUAGUUUAACCCUCUGGGUUGAAAGGUCAGAAGGUCAGAAGUCGCUUUCGCAAAAACUAGUGCCUACGCCAAUUCUCGGGAUUAGUUUCCAAGCGGAUCCCAGGCUCCCAUGAGCCGUGGCAAAAUGCCGGGACAACGCGAGGAAGAAGAAGAUGAAGAGGAUUAUUGAAAACUACAAAGAUUUCAACGAAUGACGAAAAUCAUGUUGGUUUAAGAAAAUUUAUUCUUUAUUCAAGACAAACUAAACUUGGCGCUAAGAGAUUUCAGCUCUAGACAUAAAUAAUAUCAUAUUUCACAUUGAGUAACGUACUCUUGAACCAAUGCUUUUUCUUGUUUUUAUGGAGAAAUAUAAUUCUCAAUUCAAUUAUGAGUAUCUAACCCCAAGAAACAAAGUUUCUUGGCACAAGUUCUUUAAGUAUUGCACUAAGACAGUUAGGUUCAAUUUAAAAAAUACAAUACUUAAAACAAAACGUAAACGCUCUUGGUGAGAAUAAUGAGCUUUUUUAAAAAAAACUUUUUAUAGCUCGAAUAGAGAGAGACACGAAUUUUGAAUAGUUUACAGGAACAAGUAGAAGACAUGCAGUUAAGUUUAAUUUAUAAAUGGGGAUUUGACGGUGCUUCCAGUCAACGCCGGUACAAGCAGAAAAUUGGUGGCAGUGAACAAGAUGACUCAAGCAUUUUUAUGACGACUUUAGUGCCACUAAAGCUUAUCUCUGGCGACAAAACAAUAUGGACAAAUCCAAAACCAUGUUCUGCUUCAUAUUGUCGUCCAAAGCAAUUUACAUUUACUAAAGAGAACAAAAACUUCGUUCUAGCUCAAAAGAAAAAAAUGGACGAUGAAAUCAAAGACCUUUUUUAUUAAAUAAGUGCAUACGGUAGAAAAGUUCGCGUUAUGUCAAAAUAUCCUUAAUAAUUGGUACUUAAAUCAUCUGCAAGGAUAUUACUCAUAUUACGGUAUACCUUUAAUUUUUGAAAAAAAAAACCGUUUUAUUCGUACGCUCCAUACAUUUGAUUAGAACAAAAAUUCACUACGCGUAGGUUUUUGGUUCGAUCAAACUCAAAUUUAUUUUUUGUAGUCAAUGUAACGAGUAUAACCGUAUUACAAUAAAAAAAUAAUAAUAAAAAAAGUGCAACCCGUAGGAAAAUUCUAAUUAUAUGGAAAAAUCAAGAAUAAUUGGUUUUAAACUCGUCCGUCAGGAUAGUCAUAGUCAUAGUAUAUUUAUUCAUGAACAAUACAGAAUUGUGCUUGAAUAUACAUGAAGUGAAAAACAACAACAAAGAACUUAUCAAAUGUACCUACAAGUAAACAAAUAAAUAUCAGUAUAAAAAUACGGCAACAUUUAAAUACUAAAUAAUAACAAGAGAAACAAUACUUAAGACUUAAACAACAUUAAACACUUCAUCUACCGUAUGAAAACAUCUUCUCAACAAAAACUGUUUCAAGUUGUGUUUGAAGAUAUUAUACUUUGAAAUUGUUUUAAGCUCUUCAGGUAAUUUGUUAAAUAAUUUAACAGCCUGGUGUCUUGUACAGUGCUCCUCUACUUUGGAUAAUGGACGGAAGUUAACUUUUAUAUUUUUGGUGCGCGACACUUUGCGCAUCUCCUGUUCUUCAUCAGUUUCAAAUCUAGAGCUAUGUUUAACGAGAUCCGUGAGUAAUAUAAGCACAUAUAAACUAGGCACCGUAAGGAUACCAAGUUUUUGAAAAUAUUGCCUGCAAGAUGUCCUUUGUGGGAAACGAAACAUGAUUCUAAUAGCUCUUUUUUGAAAAAUAAGAGCUCUAUUGAUGUUAUACUGGAAGCUGUUUCCCCAUAGCAUAAUACUGUAUCUCAAUUUAGCCUCUGUCAAUGGUCUAUGUCAAUUUCAUCUCUGAGGGUUCUCAGGGCAUAGCAUGCUGAACUAACUGCGUUCUCAAUAGCAUCCAGCUCCUGUAUCCAAUUUAACUUAGAAUCGAGACAUAUACCGAGAAAUUUUACACUAUCAACUAUUGCUACGGAGGUUCCAUUUAAAGCGAUUUGAAGCUUGUCAGUUUUUUUAGAGUUUUGAUUAAAUAGCAUUAUUUAAGUCUUAUCGGUAUUUAGGCAUAGAUUAUUAAGAGUAAACUAUUCGUAAAAUGAAGAUAAUGCAAGAUUUACUAAUUCAUUGAGCUCUAUUAUGUGAUCAGCAUGAAUCACUGCAUUCGUAUCAUCAGCAUACAUUAUUAAGUUGCAAUUUGGUACUACAUUUGAGAUAAAUUUGACAAGAUCAUUUGUAAACAUAAUGAAAAAUACAGGACCUAAGAUGGACCCCUGCGGCACACCUCGUCUUAUUUUCACUGGUGCAGACUUAAAGGAUUUUACGCAACCAUUUUUUAUAUCUUUUAUUUCUACGUACUGGAUACGGUUUUCAAGAUAAUUACGUAAGAGUCCGUAAGCUUCUGUCAGGAUAUUACGGUUAACUUUUUGUUUUCGGAGAAAAUUCGGUUUUUCUGAUACGCGCCAUAAAAAGAUUUUGAAAAAAAAUUAUAACUAAUUAUUUUUCCAACCAAAUUAGCUAAGAUUAAUUUUGGGAUAUAAUAAAACCCAACAAAAGCUAUUCCAAUAAAAAAAGUUCAAAUUUAAGACUUCGGUUUCUAUUUAUAUGAAGGCCGAUUUUCAGCCCACCGUGGGUCGUGCUCGUCGACAUCACCAUCCCCCAUGAUGAGAAUCUCGUGAAAGCCGAGAAGGACAAGUCCAGUAAGUACCUAGACUUGGGUCACGAGAUAACCGCCAUGUGGGAUGUUGAUUCGACGAUCAUUGUCCCGAUAGUCGUUUCAGCGAACGGUCUCAUAGCGAAGAGUCUCGACCAACACCUUGAGAGACUUCUCGCUAGGUGGUUGGAUCAAGGGUCAGAUGCAGAAGGCGGUGAUCUUGGACACGGCGCGGAUAGUCCGGCGGUUCCUCAGGUUCCUCUCUCUGCGGCCCGGACCACCGGCAGCUUGGGCCUUGCCCCGCUGCUGGCGGCACCCUAGGUUAGAUUUUUUAUAUCUUUUGUAUUGUUUUGUGUUUUUAUAUUUUACUUUUAUAUACAUAUUGUAAAAAACCUAACGUAAGAAAAAAAAUUAAAUAAAGGGAAUAAUGAUAAUAAUAAUUUAGCCUAUACACGUCCCACUGCUGGGCACAGGCCUCCUCUCAUGUGCGAGAGGGCUCGGGCUAUAGUCCCCACGCUAGCCCAAUGCGGAUUGGGGACGUCACAUACACCUUUGAAUUUCUUCGCGAAGAUGUAUGCAGGUUUCCUCACGAUGUUUCGUACAUAAGUUCCGAAAAACUCAUUGGUACGUACCGGGGUUUGAACCUGCGACCUCCGGAUUGCAAGUCGCACACUCUUACCGCUAGGCCACCAGCGCUUCUUUAUACACACCUAGGGUUGCCAUCCGUCCGGGUUUUGUACUAGUUUAGAGGGCAUCCGGGGAGCGUCCGGGAGGGGGCUUCAUUUGUAGUCUGGGUUUAAAAAUUUAAGUCUUAGGCCGCCCGCGACACGCGCACAAUCUGUUUAAAAAAAACCUGUUGACAUAUCCGGGUUCUGGACUCUAAAAUCCGGGGUUUUCACGCGUCUUGUCCUGGUUUCCAAAUUUUAGAGAUGGCAACCCUAUACACACCUAAUAUACCUAAUCUUGAUGCCAAAUAUAAAGUUUAUAUGUCAACUGUCAUCGGGAAGUGGGUUAGGUUUGUUAAUCUAAUUAUUAUCAAUGCCUAUAUUAAUGUUUCCAUCGAAUUAUCAAUCAAUUUUCAGAUUAUAAUUUUUUCUUCUAUAUACACCUAAUAGUCGAAGUUAGAUGCCAAAUAUCAAGUUUCUAGGUCCUCUGGAAGUGGGUUAGGUUUUUGACUAAUAAGUCUUAUUUAAUCGAAUAAUAAUCGGUAUAUGAUUUUUUCCAUCCAAUCAAUCAAUUUUCAGUUUUGAGAUUUUUUUCUUCUACAUACACCUUAUAGCCUACCAGAUACCAAAUAUCAAGUUUCUCAUCUGGAAGCGGGUUAGGUUUUUGAUCUAUAAGUCAGCCAGUCACAAAAAUGCCAGUUAUUAAACGUUAAUUUUUCAUUUAUCUAUAACCGUUUGACCUACGUUGAUGAAAUUUUACAUUUUAGAUAAGAUAAGGGGCUUGAGUAAAUGUGCCAAAUUUCAUAUGUGCAGGGUAAAUGGGUUUCAUUCAAGUUAUGAAGGUGUCAAAAGUAGAGAUGCAACGGAUAGUGGCUUGACCGAAUACCGAAUAUCCGGCGGAGCCAUCGGCCGACCGGCCAUAUUCGGCUAGAAGUUCGCGCGUGCGUGCGCUGUGUAAGUUGCAACUUGUUUCUCACUGUAGUCUUUGAUAGAAAUUGCGGUUAUUUUGCACGCACUGUGUAUUGAAUUGCAAACAUUGCGUGCGGUGCGUUCGUUUUUGUCAUGUGUGUAAAAUAGUACAUUACGAUACAAGUGCGAAAAAUAGGAAAUGCGAAACGAGUGGCGAUAAAUUAAAACACGACCGAAGGGAGUGUUUUAAAUCGACACGAGUUGCGAAUUACCUAUUCGCACAUGUAUCGUACAACGUUUUACAGUACAUAUGGCCCUUUAAAUGUUCGACACAGUAACAUAAUAUGCUACUUCUCGCACUAGUGCUAUAAAGUAGCCCCAUAUGUACUGUAAAGGUAUAUUUUGUAUUAUUUUUCUCAUGUUUUUGUACUAUAUCUAUCUAUGAAUAUAAAGGUAGUCUGAAACAUUAUACUGAUCUUAAUAAUUGA